GAUGGCCGAUAUUGAUGCGAUUCGCGAAGCCAGAAGGCAAAGAAUAUUAAAAGCAUCUGAAAAUCGAUUGAACAAAGUACUUGGAAAUCAUGCAGAAACUCUGGAUUCUGAGAAACGUUCGGUUGGUCUGUACAAACCAACAAUAGAGACUGAUCUAGGAGAGCAUGGAAGUUCACUCGGAGUAGAUGGAACAUCUCAAACAAGCGGGACCACUACCGUGACCAGGAGGAGAGUGGGGACCACUGACAAUCAGGCAAUAGAACAGAAGAACAUGGUGAAAAUAUCACCACUGAAAAGACCAGUUACAGAGAGCAAUAACUCUACCUUGAACAAUGAAUCUCUUAACUCUAGUCGCAGUAGUGCUGAUGCAAAGAUGAUUUUAAAACAUUUUGAGUUUCUGCGAAUAGUUUUGUCAGUAAUGACUGCAUAUCUCUGUAGGCGUGUACUGGCUACUGGAUACGGAAUCUUUUACUUUCAGUCAGUUGUUCUGCCAUUUCUGUGUUUGGAAGCCGCAUUCUUCAUGUUCAAACAUAAAGUAUUGCAUAACGUGACCCUGCCACAUAAGUCGUCAAUGCUGGUUGGUCUAGUGCUGCUGUGCGGGAUCAAGCCGGGCAUCAUGCACUCCUACAACCAGGUGAUGGGAUACGUCACCGCCGCGUCAGAGGACUUUGCCAUGUUCUUCUUUGCUUUUAUGAUGGCCAACUGUUUUAUAACAUAAAGAUUGAUGGUGGUUGAAGUUUCCUUGUGUUCCUUAUACUAUGAAAUGAGAAUCAUUGUGUGAUCUGAGGACUACCAUCCCGUUUUAGUGCUUCAAGUCCUGAUCUUUCUUUAUGAUUUCCACAUUAUUGUGUUUGCAUAAUUUAACUAGAGUGUUCAUUAUCCCAGUUUCUACAAACUUUUCCUUAAACAUUUUGUUGUUAUUUAUAUCUACUAGUCCCAUGAUGGUGUUAAUUAAUUAGAUUUUCAGAAUGUUAUUAGUUCAGCUUAAUGGUGGUCUUUACUCAGUCUCAUUGUAAGAAUUCUUUGGACACUGGGUUGAACCUGGUUUAAUGUUCAUGUGAUAAGAAAUUUGAAAAAUCUAAUGAUUGUAAUGGUUUUUUUUAUAGUUGUUCAAGACAAAGUAUAUAUCGGAGGUGCUACAAAUGACAUACUCUGGAUCUGGAAUAAGAUACUUCCUGGAGACUUAACAUACUACUAGAAAGUACAAUUGUAUACAUAAAUCAAUAAACAAAACCUGUAAAAUUUUAAUUAUGAUGUACAACUGUGACUAUGGGCUAUUCCAGUAAAACAUAUAACCCCGGGGGGGAGGCAAUUAUUUAAACAGUAUAAAGGUGGGUGUCUUCGCUUAUUUGGACCCCACAAGGGUAAAUUUGCAUCUGUAGGAUGGUGGCAUAAUUUAAAAGUGCCUUAUAUGUUUAAAUGGAAUAGCCCUAAAGCUAAGUACAUAUCUUAUAUCAAUUAAGAACUAACAUCACAUGACCCUUGUCAAUGGUUACCUAUAAUAUGUUUCAUAAUCAGAAGCAUGUCUAUCAUUUUGGUGCUUCUUGUGUUCACAAUGUAUUGAGCAGCUGUUCAUGGAGUGUAACUCUUAAUUAAAGACCUAUAGGUCCUUUAAUGGCUUUAUUGCAUAUAGAUAUAUUUAAGUCAGUAAGGUUGUGAUUCACAUGUUUUAUUGACAAAUGUUCACUGUGAUACUCACAGAAACGCACUUUGUGAUUUAUUUAUUACAUAUUGAAAUAGCAUUGCAAUUAAAUCAUAUUGUCACAAACUUGUUAAAUAAUUUUCAAGAGUGGUAUGUUGAUUUUUUUUUAUCUUUAAUGAUAUAACAGAACGUAACAGACAGUUUAAUAGACUUAUUUGAUUGAACAUCGCCUUAAUAAACAUAGUUAAAAAAGUAUAUUCAUGUCAUGUAUCUAAACACAAAAUAAACAUAUAAUUUUUUUUUUUUAAAUGUAUGUCACUGUCUAAAGCGACAACAUUUAAUUUUUAUUUCAGCUUGUUAAUAUUGGCAGUGAGAAAAAAAAUCUGAACUACUUAACAUGUACCAAGUUGUAUUAUAAAUAAAUGAGUUACAUACAACAAAUGCUUCUUUAAUUUAUUUACAAACAUAAUGUCAGGGUUAGAGUUAGGUUUAGAAACUGAUGGACAUAAAAUACAGAUGGAUUUACCUAGUAAAAUCAUCUUGUAUACAAGUUUUACAUAACUCACAAUAUCAUGGACAAAUACUUAUGAAGUGAUAUUCAUCCUCUUAUGUCCCUACUGUUAAAACAUUUUCUAUCACUCCAACAUGCAUUUAUAUUAUCCUUUACAGGGUUAAUUAGACCUGUACACUAUCGGUGAUGGUUUAUAUUGUCCUUGAGUUUGUGUUCAUAGCUAUGAAGCAAGAAUAUGACCUUUACCCUGAGACUGGCAUUAUGCAAUAAA